AUGUCUGACUGGUUUGACAAUCAAGCUGAAGAGUCAGAACAUGAUGAUGAGGAAAUGCCAGCUAAAAAGAAGGUUCGCAUAGAGAGCGACGAGGAAGAGGAAGAGGAGGAAGAAGACGAUUCGGCAAUAGCUGAAGAAAUGAAGGACUUCGUUGUAAUUGGUGACGAGGAAGAGGAACAAGGGGAAGAAACUGGCGAAGAAGAGAAAAAAUCGGAAACUGAGGAGGAAGCAGAUAGUGAUUUGGAGGAAGAUGAAGAAGAACUAUUAAAAGAAAAUCUGGGAAUCUCUUUAAAGAAGAAAGUGAGGCGUGUGGCGAUUGGCUCUGACAGCGAAGGUUCCGAACAGGAGGAGCAGGACGCACAGAGAAGAUUGGAACGCGAGUUGUUCGAAGGCGAUGACGACGCUGAAGCAAGUCGUCCUGUCGAAAAGGAACUGCAAACAUACGAAAGGGAGGAGCCAAGCAGCUCAGCCGAAGAGUCCGAGUUAGACGAUUUCAUCGAAGAUGACGAAGAAGGCCUCCGGCAGAAGAAGGGUCGCCCAAAACAGCGGCACAGGAAUAUCUUUGUUUCCGACAGCGUGUUGGAAGAGGCAAGGGAUAUUUUUGGUGUCGACAUCGACUUUGACGAAUUCAUCGGCGACAACGAGCAGGAAGUGGAAGCCGAAGAGGAUGACGAAGUCGAGUACGAGGAGACUGGCGAUGAAGUAGAAGAAGCUAAACGUGUCAGAGUCAUUCGCAAAAAGGCAGCGAAAAAGCAGAUGUUGUUGGAGGUUCGAUACACGCCUGUGACCGAGGCUGAUGCCGACGAGAUCGCUCAGGAAUCAUCUUGGAUUUAUGAACAAGCAUUUCGCACCCCAACGCUGUCUGCACAGGAAGAACUUGAUUCGAAGCCGCUAUCAACCGUCGAUAAAAUCAAGGAGGCGCUAAAUUUCAUGCGAAAUCAGAACUUUGAGGUUCUUUGUGCGGCUGCACGUUUCAUUUUAAUUCAUCCAUUUGUUCUUCAGGUUCCAUUCAUAGCCUUCUACCGAAAGGAAUAUGUCGAACCAGAGUUGAGUAUCAACGAUUUGUGGAAGAUCUUUCAAUUUGAUGAACAGGUUCGUAUCUUCUUUUGUGUGGAAUGCAUUGAGUUGUAUUUCUGGUUGUACCACAGUCUGAUACCGCAGAAUAGAGUAUUUCUAGCUUCCUCUGUUUUUAACUACAUUGAGAUUAUGAAUAAAAAUGCUGCUCAUAAACUGCGAGUUAAAAUGGUGAACUGUGUGGAGGAUUUAGAAGAUGCUGACUCAUACUUUUACAUGUAUAAUUGGCGUUACGUUCCGGCGAUGCGAGAAUUCGAAAUGGCGAAACGAGCUGAGGCAAAGGAAGACGAUAAGGAAAAGAAUGAAGAAAUGAAGACUAUUCAAAAACAGCCGCUUUCACGGGACAAGUACACGCUUUGCGUUGAUGCGGGCAAAUUGGUGGCGAAGUUCGGCUUAACUCCUAAACAAUUUGCCGAGAAUCUCGAAGUCAGCUACUGCCGCCACGAAGUUGAUCAGUAUCCUGAAGAACCGUUGGUUGCCGCUAAAGAUUACAUUUGUCCGUUGUUUCCUACGCCGGAAGAAGUUUUGAUAGGAGCCAAAUACAUGGCUGCCAUGGAACUCAGCCACACGUUGCUGACCAGACGGAUCGUGCGGAGCGAGUGUCGACGUCGAGCUACGAUCACCGUUCGACCGACGAAGAAAGGUCGUAAGGAGAUUGAUGAGAAUCACAUGGUAUACACGAAAAAGUAUUUGAAAUGCAAGCCGGUCGGCGAGGUAGAAAAGGACGAGUACUUGCGCCUCCUACAGGUUAGCCGUGUUAUCAACUGUCGCUGUUAUCGCUCUCAUGCCGAAGAUAACGGCUUGUUGAAAGUAACGAUCUCCGUCGACGGUGCCACAACCCAUGGCGGCGACUACUUGGCAGAGCUGAAAAACAGACAGCUGUACUACCGCGAUGAGUACAGCAAGAACGUUCAAGAGUGGAACCGUCUACGAAACGAAGUGUUGGAGAAAUGCAUGCGAGAUAUGCUUUUCCCACACUUCGCCGGUGAAAUCCGUAACAGGCUGAUGCGGGAGUCAGUGGAAUACGUGGCUAGGGUACGUCAGUGUAAAUUCUUUAGCUACAUAAAUGUUUUUAGACACGUGUUAUGAUU